UUUUUAGCAUCUAUGUGGAUGUUAAAAUCACCCACAAUAAUUAUAAAAGAUAAAAUCAGAUAAAAAGUCUAAAUAUCAGAUGGAAACUCUGUGGCCUCUAUGGAGUAGGUGCAUACGGCCUGUUCUUUUGCUCCUUUUCUAGCCACUGGUAGGUGUCUUGAUGUCAGGCAUUACAGUUAAAAAUAAUGCAGUGAUUUUUAACAGCGUUUCCUAUUUCAGGAUCACCAUGGAGGUUUAUCUGCAGUAAAAAAUGAUCUUGUACAGUCAUUGUAUUUUUCUUUUAUUUAAGGAUCGACAUGGACAUUUUGUAUGACUCAGUAAGAAAUGAUCUGCAGAACAAUGACGCUCCUGCAGCAGUUUCAAAGAUUAAAGAACUUUUAGAAGACCAAAAGAAUAUUCCACUAAAUAUUGCCAUCACAGGAGAAACUGGUUCUGGUAAAUCCACCUUUAUUAAUUCCUUCAGAGGCCUGAGAGAUGGUGACGAGGGAGCUGCUCCAACUGGUGUUGUAGAAACCACCUCAGAGGUCACACCAUACCCCCUUCCAAAUUAUCCCAAUGUCACUCUAUCGGAUCUUACUGGAAUGGGCACCACCAAGUUUCCAGCUGAUGAGUACCUGAAGCUUGUUGGAUUUGAGAAGUUUGACUUCUUCAUCAUCAUCUCAGCCGAUCGCUUUAAAGAAAAUGAUGUAAAGCUCGCUCAGGAGAUUCAGAGGAUGAAGAAAAAGUUCUACUUUGUUCGCUCAAAGAUCGACAACGAUAUUCAUGCUAAUGAAAGAAUGAAAAACUACAGUAAAGAGAAGACUCUUACACAAAUACGGGAAAACUGUGUUCAAGGUCAGUUUCUAUUUUAUCAUUUAUACCGUAGUGAGUGCAGGUGCUUUAUUACAUUUUUAUUGUUUGAAUGAACAUUUGAGUCAUGCUGAUUUUCAGAAGUUUAUCUGUACACCUUUUUUUAAAAACAAAACAAAACAACAGAUCAAUAAAUCCAUUAGUGGCCUAAUGUUACAAUCUUCCUUUAUUUAUGGAAGUUUUAAGUGACUAUUAUUUUUUACUGCCAGAUAUUUUACAGUACUGUGGAAAAUCUUGAGUGAGCUCUUUAUCUCACUUAAAUCUCAAGGGUGUAAUCUGCCUUUUACUGUAGUUUUAGUACAACCUGUAGUUCAUGUAGUUCAUGUACUGAACUAAUCAUGUUUUCAGCAUGAACAAGCUGAAAAACUAGUUCAUGCAUUUAUUACUUCCAGGCUGGACGACUGUAAUUCAUUAUUAUCAGGAUGUCCAAAAAACUCACU